UGCAGUAAUCUAAAUUAGAGCAAAAUGGCCCGUACCAAGCAGACAGCCCGUAAAUCUACCGGUGGUAAAGCACCCCGUAAACAAUUGGCCACCAAAGCCGCCCGUAAAUCGGCCCCAUCUACCGGUGGUGUCAAGAAGCCCCAUCGUUAUCGUCCCGGUACCGUAGCCUUGCGUGAAAUUCGUCGCUACCAGAAAUCCACUGAAUUGCUUAUCCGCAAAUUGCCGUUCCAACGUUUGGUACGUGAAAUUGCCCAGGAUUUCAAGACCGAUUUGCGUUUCCAAUCGGCUGCCAUUGGUGCCCUUCAGGAAGCAUCUGAAGCCUAUUUGGUCGGUUUGUUUGAAGACACCAACUUGUGCGCUAUCCAUGCCAAGCGUGUAACCAUUAUGCCUAAGGACAUCCAAUUGGCUCGCCGUAUUCGUGGUGAACGUGCUUAAGCAUCUUUAGCAAUAACAUCAGCUAAUUAUAA